UGUGCUGUGUGUAUCAGGGAGUGAGCGCAGUGGAUCUGGCCGAGCUCUUCUUUGACGUGGGUCUCCUGUUGUGGUGCUGUGCGCUGGUCUUCCUCACUCUAAACGGCUUGUGUUCUGCAUAUGUGCCCAUGAUGAUGGUGGUCUUCCCUCUGCUCUCUAAAGUGCUGCUCAGGACACACUUCAGGGCCAAAGGAGCGUCUCUGCAGUACUCUGUGUUUUAUCUGAUGGGUCUCUCCGUGCCGUACGUCCACAUCAUGUUCCUCAUCUGGGUGGUCUUUGAGAUCUUCACACCCAUUCUGGGACGCAGUGGAACUGAAAUCCCACCUGAUGUGGUUCUGGCGGCCCUCAUUACACUGGCGGCUGUCAUCCUGUCCUCAUAUCUCAUGCACCUGCUCUAUCUGUCCUGCAGCACUAAGCGGAUGUUGGCUGCUCUGGGAUCAGUGUUUGCUGUGAUGUUUGUUCUGGUCGGCUGUGGUCUGUUCUUCCCAUAUUCAGCAGAUCCGUCCAGCCCACGACCCAAACGAGUCUUCGUCCAGCACACCACUCGUGUGUUUCACGCUCUGGAUGGUUCAGUGGAGCGCUCAGACUCUGGUCUGUGGAUCAACAGUCUGGAUUAUACAGGAAUGCAGCACAUCAGCGCACACGUCCCGCAGCUCAACGACAGCAUCCGCACGCGCUGCCAACACACACUGCCGUACUGCGGCUUCCCCUGGUUCCUGCCCGUCAAAUUCCUCGUCAAGAAGAGCUGGUAUCUCCCGGCUCCAGCUGUAUCUCCUGAAGCGCCGCUGGAGUUCCGGCUUCUGUCCCGACAGCAGAGUGAAUGGGGGACGCUCAGACUCAGCUUUGAGGCUAAAGGGCCGACUCACAUGUCUCUGUAUCUACUGCCGGUGUCUGGAGCGUCUCUGAUUGGCUGGUCUUUCGGUGACGGGACGCCGCGAUUCGACCUCAGCGGAGAAUAUUUCAUCUUCUACUCACACGGUACAGACGCUCCGGCCUGGAGAUUCAGCCUGGAGGUUCAGCCGGGGGUCUCAGACGCGUCUCCUGAUGAGGGUCUGCUCUCGUUGGCCAUUUCUGCUCAUUAUUUCAGCGGUCCUGAUAAACACUCGCCGCCGCUGCACACACUCAUCAGCACAUUCCCUGACUGGGCCUUCCCUUCAGCCUGGAGCAGCACAUACCACAUGUACAGAUACUGACACUGACAACACACACACACACACACCAUGUGUACAGAUACUGACAACACACACAGACAUAUACACAUACUAGACACUGACACACACAUACAUCACAUGUGC